AUGGAUCCCAAGGGCGAGAGUGCGCGCGGCGAGGGCGAGGGCGACGACCUCGACCUCAACCUCUCCCUGCAGCCGACCUUAGCGCCCGAGCCGGAGCCGGAGCCGCCGGGUUACUUCUCCUGCACCUACUGCGACAAGAAAUUUUACUCCUCGCAGGCACUCGGCGGCCACCAGAACGCCCACAAGUUCGAGCGCAGCGUGGCCAAGCGCGCCCGCGAGCUGGCUGCCGCUCGCCGCGCGGGCCAGGGCGGCGAGCGCGCCAGUGCGGCCGAGGAGGAGGCGAGGAUGGGGAAGGAAAUGGGCAUUGCGAGGUCGGUCUCGGCACCAAGCUCCUCGUCAUCGCACCAGAUCAGGGCGUCCCCGGAGGCAAGCAGGAAUAAUCUCACCGACGACAUCGACCUCUCCUUGAAGCUAUGA